AUGGUCGGUCAAGGCAGCAUUGAGCGCUGGCUCACCUGGUCUGUCUCGCCGUCAAUAUCUGCGAUCAUCGUGACGCUCCUCGUCAGCUUACUGCUGCCGAUACUCAUCCACACAUAUCUCUACCGCAAAGCAGUCGCAAGAGAAGUUCCCAGCUUCUUGCUUGUGGGACCCAGCGGUGCGGGCAAGACAAGUCUUCUCACUCUCUUCGCGAGCGGGACCACAACUACGACCCAUACCAGCCAAGAACCCCAAAUCGCUCUCUGCGAACUCCCAUCCUCGACCCGUUCCUCCGCAGACCAAUACCGCUCCGAAAACGACACAUCCGCCCGUAUACAGCCAAAGUUUCAACUUGUAGAUACGCCCGGCCACGGCAAGCUACGGCACCAUGCGCUUUCCUCCAUCACCACCCGAGCCUCACUCAGAGGCCUGCUGUUUGUCGUAGACAGUGCCGCUGUCAGCUCCGCGGCGGGUCUCACAGAAACUGCCGAGUAUCUUCAUGAUAUCCUACUACUCCUACAGAAACGGCAUACACAGAGCAAGACUUCAAAAGGACCGACUUCAAUUCCAGUGUUGAUCGCGGCGAAUAAGCAGGACGUCUUUACUUCGCUGCCCGCUGGAUUGGUGAAGACGAAGCUUGAGCAAGAAAUCGCAAGUGUCAGGAAGAACAGGAGCAAAGGAGUGCUGGAUAGCGGGAUUGGUAUGGAAGACGAUGCUGGUGGGGAUGAGGAGAGCAAUUGGUUGGGCGAGUUUGGUGCAAAGGAGUUCAAGUUCGCACAGAUGGAAGAGCAUGGCGUAGAUGUCAAGGUCGUGGGUGGAAAUGUUCGGGAUGGAGAGGAUCCUGGAAAGKUAGAUGAAUGGUGGGCGUUUAUAGGAGAUAACCUAUGA